AUGGUAGUUCGGUCUCUUGAUCCUAAAAAAUAUCAAUUUCGUCAUAAAGAAGACGACGAAAAGAUACUUGGUCCUGAAGUACUAUAUCUAAAUGCAAUAGGUGCAUUAGUAUAUUUGGCACAAUGUACGAGACCAAACAUAGCAUUUGCAGUGAAUCUAUUAGCAAGAUUUAGCUCUGUACCAAUUCGCCGACAUUGGAAUGGGAUCAAACAUGUCUGUCGUUACCUCAGUGUAACAAAAGAUUUUGGAUUAUUUUAUCCAAGGAAAUCUGUUAAUGAUCCUAAAUUAGUUGACUAUACAAAUGCUGGGUACCUUUAUGAUCGUCACAAGGCCCACUCCCAUACAGGAUAUGUUUUCACUUACAAUGGUACUGCAAUAUCAUGGUGCUCCACAAAACAAACAUUGGUUGCCACUUCUUCCAAUCACUCCGAGAUUCUUGCGCUUCAUGAAGCCAACUAA